AUGGAGGCAAAGGCAGAGACAGAAGGAGAGCAGCCAGGAAACGUGGAGCUAUCUGGGAGGAUAAGCAAACCACCAGAGACAGGGCCGUUCGUUCUAAGGGCCUUGCUCGAAGAUCUGCCAUUAGCUGUGGAUGGUGAUAGAGAGGAUAUUGAGAUAAACUGUGUGGAAUUUCUAGAGCAGAACCUCUACGUUGGAACCUCAGCCUCCGAACUUCUUCAUUUCGUACAAAUCCCUCCAGACCCUCAAGAUGCAUCAGGAAAGCCUUCAUAUAUCCUUGCGUCCAGGCUGCUGCCGGCUUACCACGAACCACCGUCUCCAGCACGGCCCGGGGUCCAGCAAAUUCUACUUCUUCCAACCGUGAACAAAGCUUGCAUCCUGUGCAAUUGGACGGUGACAUUUUACUCGCUCCCAGAGCUCAGUCCCGUCUUUGGCACAAAACAGAUCCGACCAUGUAAUUGGAUUGGAGGGAUAGAUCUGAAUACAGACCUAGCUGGUCGGGGGCAAGAUCAAACAGGGCCAGUUACUGUACUGGUCUCUUUAAAUAAGAAAAUGAGAGUUAUUAGGAUUGGAGAAGAUGAUGCUCGCCCCGUCAGAGUAAUCGAUUUCUCAGGAAGCACUAUCUCCGUUCGCCGAGAGUCCUUUGCUUAUGACUCGCAAUCCAGCAGCAUAGGAGGCCAAGUGGAAGAUAUCUCUGGUGGUGCUAGUGGUGGUAUCUCACGAAGCACAUCUUCAGCCCAAGCAGGUCCUGGAGCUCCAGAUGACCGUGGACAUGGCCGAAGCACCAGUCUCGGGACAUUCAUGAGUAGUACCUCUCGUAGGCUCAGUCAACAGGGGCGUACGGGGGAACGUUCCGGACGAGAAACGCCAGAGGGUCUUUUCAGGGAGUCUUCACCAGCACCAGCCGCAAGUCCGUUGAGACACCCUUCUCGUGAUAUGAGCCCUAGUGCCAACAAACCCCUUCCUCCACCGCCAAAUGAAGCGUCUUCAACAGUUCCCCCAUCACCUGCCCUCCCACCUGUAUACCUUAAACCACACAUAGCAUCGCCAACUCCACAGGAGUUUCUUUUGGUGACUGGCACAGGGCCGCAAGACUCGGGGGUUGGGAUGUUUGUGAAUCUAGAAGGUGACAUUACGCGACCAACGAUAGAAUUCGAUGUUUAUCCAGAAAGUAUUGUGGUAGAUGGUCGAGGCGUGGGCGUGGACCCAACCCCUAUUACCAUGAACGAUGAAGAAGAAGGGUUCGUGCUUGCUUCAAUGGCGCGUCAGUUCCAGGAUGAAACUCGGCAUGGUCUCGAAAUUCAACGUUGGGACGUGAAUCCUGGAGAAGGAGGGACCGAAAAAACCUGGUUGGAAGCGCCCCAGUCAGCGGACGGAAAGGAUGAUAAGAAAGUGUCACGAAUUGGGCUUCGGUCCAUGAUAGACGUAGGAGAUGUCUACUUUGAUGAAGCCGUUGCAGCGCUCCGGUUGAAGCGUUUCCACCCCUUUACGAUUAGAUCCACGGGUGGAUCUACUCUCUCUUUACAUAGCGUUGAUUCUAGGACGGCGACGUCACUGGAAAGAGUAUCUGGAGAGAAAGAACUUUUCGAGAGUGGUGAAAUCCUUCCUAGGGCGUGGGAGGCUCAGCGAGACGCAGAAGAGCAGCAAUUUGCCGAGAGGCUCGGCCACACGCGUACUCGAGUCGUCGCAUGGUCUGGGAAGAACAUAUGGUGGGCAGUCCGAAAUCCUUUGGCUCUUCGCCUGGAUGCUGCUCUUUCGCUUCUAACGAGCGAAGAAGGCCAAAAUGAGCCCAUAUACAGAUCACUCGACAGGCAGAAAGUUGUCGAGCUGAUCAAUUCUCUUCGGGGACGAGAAGCUAAGACCGAGACUGAAUUUUUAAGUCUGGGAUAUGUCAGGCAGCGAGCUGGCCUGUUGAUAUUUAUGAGCAUCCUGAGUGACCUCAAUGAAGCGUACUCGCAGAACGAGCAUCACGCAUCAGAAGAAGCACUUCUCGAAGGCGGUCUUGAUCCCCGUGUGAUUCUAUCGAUUGUCCCAUACCUGCGAAACGAAAUCGUUGAGGGAGGGACAGGUAUAUGGAUUCAUGGCGGCGUCAAAGCAAUUGCCGAUGAUUUCGUAGCGCGCCUCUUAUCUGACAAUUCCACGUCUACCAAAGCUGGCGCUCAAUCGGAUCAUGUCCUGCAAUAUCUGCGGAGAUUUCUCGCCGCUUGGCGAAAGAAGAAGGGCUUUGGGAGCAUUGCAAAUGAGAACGAAGUGUUCCGAAGUGUCGACGCUGCUCUGCUCGUUGUGCUUCUUCAACUCGACAAGGACUCGCCCCGAGGGCCUGUCAAAAGCAAAUCCGUCAGAUCAGAACUAUAUGAACUGGUCGAUCAUGGCGUUGAUUGUUUCGAGAGAGCGAUUUCCCUUCUCGAAUCCCAUAAUCGCCUCUACGUUCUGAGUCGCCUAUAUCAAAGCCGCAAAAUGACUGCUGAGGUACUGGGAACCUGGCGCCGCAUUGUGGAAGGGCAUGUGGAUGAAGGAGGCGAAUUCCGUGAUGGCGAGCAAAGGAUACGGGAACACCUGUCCAGGAUUCGCAAUACAGCGCUUGUCCAAGAAUAUGGUGUUUGGCUGGCUGGCCGAAACCCAAAACUCGGAGUACAGGUUUUUGCUGAAGAUCGCAGCCUAGUCAAGUUUGAACCUACCCAAGUCGUUGAGAUAUUGCGAGAGGGUGCCCCGGGAGCAGUCAAGGAUUACCUGGAAUACUUGGUCUUCAACAAGAAUCAUGCCGAGUACAUCAAUGAGCUCAUCGCAUACUAUUUAGACAUAGUCACUAGCAAACUAGGGGAAUCCAAGGAGGCCCGAGCAAUAUUAAUCGGAACUUAUGAGUCCUAUCGAGCAUUACGACCGCCCAAACCAACAUAUCGUCAAUUUAUUACCGACAAUACUAUUGAUGAAGAAUGGUGGCAUAGUCGUCUCCGUCUCCUACAGCUUCUAGGAGGAAGUCAGGGCUCAGCAUCAAAUUACGAUGUUGCAGCGAUUCUUGAAAGAAUAGCUGCCUAUACGGAAGAACUUGUACCAGAAGUAAUCAUACUCGAUGGUCGUCAAUCUCAUCACGAGGAAGCUCUCAGGCUCUUGACGCAUGGGCUAGGGGACUAUGAUACUGCGAUCAGCUAUUGUCUUCUUGGCGGCUCGAGUAUAUAUCAUCCUGUAUCUGGAACUGUGGCUCGGGAGAGCUUGCCGACACGGGAACAACAAGCAAAACUGUUCGGAUACUUGCUGUCGGAGUUCCUGCGUAUUGAGGAUGUCAGUAACCGGGUGGAACAGACAAGUAGUUUAUUGGAGCGCUUCGGUGGGUGGCUUGAUGUUGGAUAUGUCCUAAGCCUUAUUCCUGAUACCUGGUCUGUGGAGUUGGUUUCUGGCUUCCUUGUUGGCGCUUUGAGACGCAUUGUCAGGGAACGCAGCGAGACCAUGGUCGCAAAGGCGUUAAGUGGAGCAGAGAAUCUGAAGGUUUCUGGUGAUCUUAUUGGAGAAAUCGAUAAAGCUGGGCCCUCUAUUGAGGCCUAG